UAUAAACUCGAAAUCUGUAAUAUUGAUACGAUCUGUAAAUGCUACAGAGACACACAGCUACCGGUCAGGUUCCCUGUUCCUGGCUUUACGAUCUGUAAAUGCUAGAGACGCACAGCUACUGGUCAGGUUCCCUGUCCUUGCUUCGAGUAGAUGUUUUCACCAGGAGUUCAUUCACCAAAGAAGAUACGGGUUUAUUCAUGACUACAUCUUUAGUAAUCCUACACUUAGUAUGAGACGGUACAGGCAAUUUAGGAUAUCAUAAAACAACAUUAAUGCAGAUCAAAGUAGAUAUUUCCCCUAUCAAUCAAAUAGUUUCUGUCUUCUUUUACUUUUGUUUUCCAAUAUUGUUUUACAGGAUGAUUUAGCAUACAAAUACAGUAUCUGAUUUAGAGGCAAGCGAUACAUUUGAUUUCAGUAAUAAUGAUCAUUGAGAUGAUUAGAAAUGUGGAAUUGAAUAUGGGUUGAAUGGACAUUUGAUAGUUUAUACCUUUGAACAGGUUGUUGUGCUUCAUUUUGUUAAUAAAGAAAAUCAAACAAUUGGCCUUUGAUCAUAUUCGGGAAACAGGCUUUUAUCCUCCUCUUUGUUAAAAACAUUGGAUCACAUUACAAUGAAUAGAUAUUGUUUAUUUACAAUAUUUUUGCAUUUACAAGUUAUUUGUCCUGUUCAGACACUCCAAAAACAUGUUUGUUUACCGUCAAGCGUUUUCGAUAAACAAAAUGGCCGCCAUCGCCCGUGCGAAUACUUUUGUCCACAGUCUGUACACUGUAUAUAUAAACCCACUGGAGCUCCUUGACUAACUAUAUUCAUCAUGUAGCAAUUUCCCCGUUCGUUUACAAAUCUUGGAAAAUGAACACAGCGCGUUUCAUUGCUCUUACAUUCUGCUCAGUGCAGUAUGUGUUGUGUGAAUUGAAUACGGAAUAUUUUCCCGUCAUUUUUCUGAGAUACGCGUACUGUCCGGAGAGGUACCAGUGCCAGUGGGGAUCCGAUUCUUCAACUCUGGACAACUGUCAGUGUGAUUCUGAUUGCUUAAUAUACGGGGACUGUUGUCAUGACUACAGGAACAAUCACACAGUUGAAAACAAAGCAAUUCCAAAAUUUUCAUGUGAGUUUAGAGAUGAUAUUGACUUCGAAAAUUUCAUUUACAUUGUGAAUUCAUGUCCUUCUGGCACUGAUUCAUAUCUUAAAGAGAAAUGUGAAGCCGAGAACGAUGUGUUCGACCACCCGUCUACUGGUCCGAGUUCGGGAUAUCUGUAUAAAAACAUGUAUUGUGCUUUAUGUAAUUUUGAUGAUUACGUCAUAUGGAAUCCAGUAAUCCAGUGUCAUUGGCUAUAUUCCAUUCCGGCGAAUUUGUCCGUAUCCUCAUUAAAUAAUGAUUCCAAUUGUCACGUGACAUACUUGCCUCCAGAAGAAAUCCAGAAACCGCGGACUUGUUUUCCAAUUACUUCUAAUGUGACGGCGUGUCAGAACGAAACAUUGAUGACGUUAUGUAAAUACGGAUAUUACGUGCCUCUGUUUGGACUGAAGAUUGUCUUUAGAAAUAUCUAUUGCGCGAAAUGUCAAAGUUAUUUAGAAUCAAACUUAACGUGUAUCAUGAAGGAUACACAGUUAAUUCCUCGUAGACCAAUUAGAGAUAAUUACCGCUUUAGUUACAGAAUUCUAUUUGAUCUCAAUUUGAAAAAGGAGAUGAGAGAGACGCGCUUCCGGCAUAUAUUGGUGGGGUCAUCUUCGAGUUCACUAUCUAAUGUCUGUAGCACGGAUCAUCUUCUGGAUCCUUUGACAGGGCAGUGUUUUAAGAUACUGUGCAAACCUUCGUUUGUUUAUCAAAAUGGUAAAUGCUUAUUGAAAGAGGUGUUUACUAACGACCAAAAUGAUACCUCACCAUGCCUCUCUCGAAUUUUUCGCCAAAAUGAGUUUGAAUUAAUCAAUUCCACUACAAUUUUUGUGUUCUCCCUCAACAGAACGAUGCAUGAUUUUACGCUCUCAGAAAAUGAAAGCGAUGCAUACGUUUGCAUAAACGGAACGGAAAUUGAUGAUCAAAUAACUUACACAAAACUGGCAAUCUAUUUUUCAAAAGAAGAGAGUUUGUUGUCUUUUGUUGGUGGAAUUUUGUCAUUAAUGUGUCUGCUAGUGUGUUUGAUUGUUUACGUUUGUUCCCCCAAGCUGCAAAAUGUUCCCGGCAAAAACCUUAUGUGCUUGAUGACAUCCUUGUUCGUUGCGCAAUUGUUCCAUUUGGUAGCGCCAUUUAUCUUCGAGAUGAAAAACCAAAGUUUAUGUAAGGCCCUAUCUAUUGUAACGCACUUUGCUUUCCUAGCUGCUUUCUUCUGGAUGAAUGUGAUGUCGUUCGACAUAUUUUUCACAUUUUCAACAGGGUUUACUAAAUUGGGUGAAAAGGGGACGUCUUCAAAGCGCAUGCGACUCUACUGGCUCUAUGCUUGGUUGGGUGCUGUUAUUAUAGUUGGAUCUGCAGCCUCGGUUGAGUAUACUUCGGAUUCAAGUUUUAAACCCGGAUAUGGUGAUGGAGUCUGUUGGAUUUCAAAUAGCAGCGGUCUACUUGUCUUCUUUCUGGUUCCCAUCGCAAUUCUUUUGUUUUCAAAUUUUGUUUUCUUCUUUAUAGCUGCCAUAAGUAUACACAUGUCAUCCAAGAAAACUUCCCGGAUUCUGAAGAGAAAGAACACUUGCAAAUUACUUAUUUACAUCAAGCUGUCGGUCGUGAUGGGGUUGACUUGGUGUUUUGGUUUCUCGGCAGCGGCAACCAAUAGUCAGGCGUUAUGGUAUUUGUUUAUUUUCUUCAAUGCUUUACAAGGAUUCUUUAUUGCAACUUUCUUUGUAUGUACGAAAAAGGUGUUCCAAAUCAUUCGAGAUGGCGUCACUUCAUUUUAUUCCAAUACCAGGUUGUUUACUGUUAGAAAAUCUCUAGCUUCAAAGCCUGAGAGUGAGGAAGGUGGGGAUGUUUCUAGGAGAUUUGAAGCCCGAUAUUAGUGAAGUACAGAAACUUUGUAAGAGAUCUACUGGCAUGUUCACGAAGCUAUCUUUGGACGUUUGUCUUAGGGCACGUCCUAGUCUUAAGUCAGUUUCUCUAAGCCUCGCCAUAAGUUCAUCCUAACUUUAGGACAACAUAAUCCUUGUUCUAAGAUCAUUGUAUGUUUGUAAUAAACACGGCGAUAGCCAUGAUAUUGAAGCGAAGAGUUCACAGAAACCAUGGGAUCGGGUGCAUAGGAUAAGUAAUCCUCUGUCACACCCGCUGUGAGCCCUAUAUCUUAGGUAAACAGAGUACAUGUAACUCGUAAUCAAAGUCAUUCAAUGUGUCAAGAACGACCUAACAAUCGGUAUGAAACACGUCAGACAGCAUUUGACCCAAUGAUAGGCCUUAUUGACAAACUAGAUCAUUAUAACAAUAUAGAAUUUUUGAAAUGCUGACUUUAAUUGAGACUGAUGAAACCCCUGUAACAUCAACUUGUUUGUCAGUACACUUCAAUUUCCAUUCUUAAUUUUAAAUUUUAUUUUACUACAUGUCGGUUGCCAUAGUGAUAUGACUUCUCGGGGUAACUCUAGGUAUUCUCUGGGGUUUGAGGUUGACAUAACUGUUGAGCAAAAUGUCCCUCCACAUUGUCUGAAGGUCAGCAUGAGUCUGGGAGUGAAUAUGUUUUCCAAUGUAGUGUUGGGGAGUCUGGGUUGUUCCAGGCAGGGAUCUACGCAUGCGUUGAGGUUUUUGAUAAGGUCUGUGUAGGUUUUCCAUGCGAGAGUAAAAGUAUGCAAGCUUCAAUGGUAGUGUUAGAGACUGUUGCCAAGGGGCACAGUCUAAUCAUUACAGAUACCCCAGCCUACUUGUUUACUUGUUUGUUUACUGAAGCAGUAGCCUAUCAGUUCUCUGAGGAGUCUGUCCCCAAGGCACCUGUACCACUGUGUGAUCGUCCGAUGAUGGCUGUGUUGUAUCUGGGUGUACUGGGGAUGUCCCUGCGCAUGCGGGAUUGUGUCUUUGCCCGGCUUGGUCAGGGUCGCUGAUGGUUGGUGGGAUAGGAGUGGUCUCUCAGACUGAAAUGAUUCCCUCUGAUAAACUUCAAAGUAAUGAACGGAAUUGUUUUGUUGCUAGUGGCUUUGCGAGUUCUCAUUGAUCAUUUGGUGAUGGUUGUGCAGCCCAGGUUCGACUGGCAGUGAACUAGGGGCAACCCAGAUUCAGUCAUCGCAAAAGGAGUACAAAAGAAAAUGAGCCAUGUGAGAGGUGUAAACUCCUCCAUGCUGACAGGACCCCGAAAUGUGGGGAACAACAGCUUGGUCUGUGUAAUCCCGCCGUUGGUAAGCGGGGGCUUUUCCUUAUAUUGUUCCAUCUGCUGUCCUGGAAGUUGUGAUGUCCUCUGUGGUGUUUGUCCUGAUGUACCUGUCCACGAUGAUACCUGUCAAGUGACGAAGUUCGUGACCGAAUGUGACUCUGUAAUGUGACUUUCCUGUUCGUGAAUUUCAUGUGACGUGGUGUGUGAUAUCACAUUCUGUGUUGUGAACUUCUUUUGGACUGUUAAAGCGUUGUGAUUUUAUAAAGUAAAGUUUACUAUACUGUAAAUUAUAGGUGAAAUUCAUUUCUUGUUUGGCAAGAUUGUAUGUAUCUAUUGUAAGCUACAGUGCUGCAGGUUAAACUUGUCAGAAUUGGAACAUUCUUCCUCAAAAUGGGGGAGGAAUAUAGUGAUUUGGAGUGGGGUGGAUUUUAGGAUUUCUGGUCGGGCUUGGAGUCCUAAAAUAUUGCACGUGCUACGCUGUCUUUUUUACCCGCGAAUUCUCAAGACGAGCGGGCGUGUUUUGUCGAGCGCAGCACUGUGGUUAUUGUAUGCAUGUAGUCUUUGAAGUUGUCCUGUUUGUGAGUUAAUAUGCUCGCUUUAUAGAAAAUCACUUAGAUCAAAUUAAUUCUGUGUGACCAUAUUUUGAACUGUUAAAAUCUAGUCAAUUUUAAAGUAAAAUUUAUAUAUGUCCAUUACAGAAUUAAUUUGAUCUGUGUUUUGUUUUAAUGUGCGGUUUUCAACACAGGCCAGAUGGGGUAAUCAUAUUGAUAAGUUUUUCAGAUAAAUUUAUCAGAGAAGGGUCUUUCUAUUUUUGAAUUGGGACAUUCCUUCUCAAAGUGGAGGGAGUGUAGUAAAAUUGGGUGUCAAAAUUAUAAUAGGGGCGAAUUGCCAAGGGACCCGCUCCCUUUUAAUCGGAAGCGGGGACAACGAAUAUAUCACCUUAGCUCCGGGAUUUGAAGAGGCAAGGCUGCGUGUCGAUUGCCCAGAGAAUUUUGUCAGUUUUCGUCGUUUAUUGUGUGUUUUCCAAUAUAUAUUCCUCAAAUGA